AGAAAAGUGUCUGCAAGCAAAUUACAACAAAGUUGAGAUGUUUUAGAUGCAUGAGUGUAUUGAUUUGCAUGUUUCUCUGAAACAGAAUCAGAUCAGUACAGCUUCAUGACCUGCACCCUUCUGAGAAAGGCAGGACUCUACUGUGGUGUAGCUGUCUUCACACUGUCUCUGUGAUCGCAAUAUAUCUCCUCUCUUCAGCAUACUUCUACUGUUCUCAUCCAAUUCUUUUGGAUAGGUGCAUUUCAAGACAAGGAAUCAUGCAUUACUUGCUGCUGGGAUGUUGUGUCAUGGCAAUGAUUUAUCUCUCAGCUGAAAGUCAUAUUCAGGUAUUCCAGAAGCCACGUUUCUUUGGUGUAAAAAUUGGUCGGAGUGUGACGAUAUACUGUGUGGGGUCUAAUCCAUCUUUGCCUGCUCAAGUGGAGUGGCUCAAAGCCAGGACUUACAAAGACAAGCCGUCCACAUGCAAGAAUAACCAAAGAAUAAACAUAAUUGACAAGGACCCUAAACAUAAUGCUUCCAUUUCCAUAUCACAUGUGGAGGUUGAGGACAGUGGUGUUUACUUUUGCAAGCUGAAUGGUACUCAGGGACCAGGAACUGAACUGCAAGUAUCAAGAUAUAGUGACCCCCAAGCUGUCCAGAAGAGAUCCAGAGUAAAGGAUGCCAUCAUUUUCCUUCAGGGUUUUCUGCUGAUUAUGUGCAUUGUAGUUCCUCUGGUCCAGUUUUACUCACUGAACAAGAAAGAAGAGGCAGUUUAUGAAGUACCCGAGGAUGACCACACAUAUGAGGGUUUGGAAAUCGAGCAUUGUGGUGACCUAUAUGAAGACAUCUCUACUUUAACCCAGUGCCAGGUCCCAGAUGCACCCUGGGAAGUUGAGUCCCCAGACCAGGAGUAGAAAUACUCAUUAGACAUAAAAGUAUUGAUGAGCACAUAUCGCUUCCAUCAGUAUAUCCAACUCACAAUCCACGUUAAUCUCGUAUGAUGGUGUAUUGGUCAUACUGUAUGUCAGUAUGUAAAUACAUGUUUCAUUUUAUUUUAUUUGUUCUUCACUAGGAAGCACAAAAUAGAUUUCCCUGUAGAUAUGAGAAUAUUCCUGCAGUUUGAAAGGCCUAAAAAAAUUUUGUUGUGGUGGUCACACAUCUUUACACUUAAGGAUCACCAAUUGAUAAUUGUAAUACAUUUAAUGUCUUUAUUUGCUUGUAUGUUUGCUUGUUAGUUUCCUUACUUCCACCUAUUUUUUUUUCUUCUUUUUUUUUUUUUUUUUACUGUUUUUGAGAUUAUUUUAAAGUACAAUGUAUUAUGUGGUAGUUCAUUCUGUGUUUGUUUGUUAUGAAUGUACUGACUGUGUUAGUCAUUCAUGGUAUGGUGCUCUUAUUUUGUGGUAAUAAAA